AUAAGAGAUCUUGAAUUUAUGGAGGUCAGAAGGAGAAAUGUGCAUACCACCAACAAAGGUCCGAGGCCUAGUGUCUCACAAAUAGUAAAUGAGCUAGAUGUCUUCCCAAAACUUCCACGAGAAUGCAAAAAAUCAACAUGGAGUGGUGGUCUAGUUACUAUUCUAACAUUUUGUUGCAUAUCUUGGUUGCUUAUAAUGGAAUGUCGAAGUUAUCUUGAUCCCCCCGUCAAUUAUUCUUACGAACUAGAUAAAUCCACCUCUGGGUAAGGAUUUUCUUCUCCAGAUCUUGUUCUAGAAAAGUAAAAGUCAAUAUUGACAUUGUUGUUGCCUCACCAUGCCAUGAUGUUUCAAUGGAUGUGGUGGAUACUUCUGGGUCCUCUCUGUCUGAUGAAGAGAAUAUUCAGUACUUACCAACAUCUUUCGAACUUAGCCCAUCAGCCCGAGCCGCAUUCAAAUAUCGACAAUAUAUAGCUGGGGCUCUCCGUGCAAAACAUCAUACUAUACAGCAUUGGUUGUGGAAAUAUGCCUCUGAGACAAGUGUUUUCACAGACUUUGAAGUCCCUGUGGUUGACAAAAAGGUUUCUGAUGACCGAAAUUCUGAUGCUUGUCGAAUCGUUGGUACUUUGUUCGUUAAAAAGGUUGGAGGAAACAUACAUAUACUAUUUGGGAAACCUCUGAACGGGUUCGGUAAUUUUCAUCUACAUGUUGUACCAUUUUCAAGCCAAUCGGUUCAAAAUUUCAGUCAUCGAAUAAAUCAUUUUUCUUUUGGUGAUCUAGUUAAUGGACAAAUACAUCCGUUAGAAGCUGUUGAAUCUGUUACUGAUGUUGCCUUUACAUCAUUUCAAUAUUUUGUCACAAUGGUCCCUACCAAAGUGGUUAAUCAUUUUCAUAUUACAGAAACUUAUCAGUAUGCAGCAACUUUACAGAAUAGAACAAUUAAUCAUGAUGCUGGAAGUCAUGGAAUACCUGGAAUAUUUUUUGUUUAUGAUACUUUUCCAUUAGUUGUAAAAAUAACAUAUGAUCGUGAAUUAUUAGGUACAUUUUUUACUCGACUUGCUGCAUUAGCCGGUGGAAUAUUUGCAACAGUUGCUUAUCUACGUGAAAUAUUAUCAAAUUUACCUGAUAUUUUAUUUAGAACACGUUUAGGUCGUCAAUGGACUAAUAGUUGGACACGUGGAAAACGAAAUAUUUGCAUUAAACUAUCUGAACAUCUUCCAAAUGGUUUAGAUAAAACUGGUUUUUUAACUCCAUCAUUAGAGAAUGUGUUAAAUCCAGACUCAGAUACUUGAUUUAGACAAUUUAGUCUCCAAUUCAAUGAAUUACUCUAUUGUAGUCAUUAUUAUUAUUAUUAUUAUGAACACUAUUACUUUUCACCAGCUCUAUCUGUUUUCUGUAUCUAAUAUUACCUUUUCUGUGAUUUGUAUUUAUCGGCACAAUGUUUAUGUAUGUGUGUGUGUGUGUAUAAAUGAGUAUAACUUUUUUGUCUUGUACUGCUGAAUUACUUUUGUGUACAGUAUCUUUGACCUUUAAUAUCCAAUCUAUUCACAUACUUCACUCUAGUUCCUUUAUGAAAUUUUGUAUGUUUCUAAAAGAUUUUUUUUAUUUUAAUAAAAUAAUAACUACUAAUACUACUAGUACUGCUGCUUAUCUUAUGCAUAAUUGUUAAAAUUAGUUUUCGGUUUGUUGUAUAUAUUUCUAUAUUUUAUUGAUUUUAUACCUGUAAGGAAUGAUAUCUACUUAAAGAAACAAUAAUGGUGAAAUUCUUGUUUGUUGAUUGAUCGCUGAUCGCCAUGUUGUAAAGAAUGUUCUAGUAUCAUUUUCACUAGAUUCGUUAACAAAGUUCGUUGUUAAUGAUGAAUAAUCAGAGAGCGAUUUUGUGGAUAUUAUAGUAAUUUAAUAGUUGAAUUCAUGAGUCAUUUGAAACUACAGACCACCAUGAAAGACCUAGAAGCACUAGACGGCCGUUUCGCCCUAGUAUGGAACUCCUCUUCAAUCCCGCCUCGCGAGAUUCGAACCUAGGACCAUCAGUCUCGCGUGCGAGACUAAAUUUCUAGUGAGAAGCUGUGACCAGUGGAUUUCAACUGGAUCUGUUGUGUGAUAGCAACUCACUGAAGACAGUGGUGGACGGUGGCUCAAUUUCGUGGAUUGGUUGAAGUUAGACAUUAACACAGUUGGGUGCCGGCCUGUUCAGUGGUCUAGAGGUUAAGCGUUCGCGCGCGAGACCGACAGGCCCUGGGUUCGAAUCUCGGGGGGCGGCAUCGUGGAUGCGCACCGUUGGUGAGUUCCACAGUGGAACGAAACGGCCGUCCAGUGCCUCCAGGUCUUCCAUGGUGGUCUAGCGUCAAUUGACACAUGAAUUCAACUAUUAAUUGAUGAAUAAGACCGGUAAUGACGACAUGUUAUCAUUGUGUAUGUUCGCAUAAUUGUAGACAGUUGAAAUAAUGCAUAUAAUCUAGAUUUUAUGAUUAUUAGUACUGAUAAGAAAAAGUCUUAUUUGAUUAGUCAGUUAACAACGGGAAGCUUAUACGUCACUGUUCAUUCGUUAGUCGUGAACAAUAAUAGAUUUAUGCAAAUGAAUCCCGAUCAUUUCAGUAAGCAUUAGAACCCAUUAAAAAGCUAUCGUCUCGUGAGUGUCAAUUGAAAAGCCUUCAUAAGUUAAUUCAAGGGUCAGUGGUCCCAUGGAUUCAUACUACUUUUUACUGUAAUGCAACCUACUUCUUUGAUUGCUAGAAGAACAUAUCAAGAUAAGUGGUGCUUAAAUAUGUUAACACUUGUCUCAAUCAACUCAUUCUAUGAAGUGCCGUAUUCUGAAGGGCCAAAUCCCCAAUUCUGAAAUCCUAAACCUAAUUUUUGCAUUGAUCGAUUGUUCAGUUAUAUGUGAGUAAUGAUUCAAACAAAACCAUAAUUGUAACUGACGUAUGCCUUUUACCGUCGACAGUCAUAUAUAUCACUGCAAUAAACUAAUCCAGAGUUUAUUUCUAACUUUAUGCUAACAAACAGAAUGUUCAUUUUGAUUGAGAUAUUUUGGGUUUACUACGAUGUAAUUAGCUGAGCCCCAGCCGUUGUUGUUACCUUGACGUGAUGAUCAGGUUUGUCUAUGAUGGUGACACAAUCGAGUCAUAUUAACUAGAAUACACAUCCUUCCACACCAGACAGUUCGAUUGAAGAGUGUGAGAUUAGAAACACUAAAGUCAUAGUUCGAAAGCGAAUUUAUGGUGAUGAUUGUAUUGGGGUGCGACAGAAGUAAGGUGAUUGUCCAUCAGAC